CUCUGAAAUGGUGCUGGUGCUGGUCGCGAUCAUUUUCUUGGCGUUGUGCGGCGGUCUGGUGAAGAGUUUUCCAGCGAGGUUGGCCAUGGAAGCGGGACCCGGAGAGCGCGUCUUCCAGAAGGGUCUGUCCUCGGACAGCGUCAACGAGGUGUACGACUCCUAUUACGCCAUCUCUAAAAAAAAUGAGGAAAACGAGGAGACGAAUGUUAUAGCCCGGGUUCAACGUGUGGACCUCAACAAAAUAAAAUAUAGCCACAUCUACGACAUCAACGGAGAUACUUACAUCCUAGUGAAAGCCUUCAGGCACAGAAAUAAGCGAUUCACAAGCUAUCACACGCUAUGUCCGUUUAAAAUCUGCAACAUGGGCCGCAAGAGAACGAGGACUAGAAGAUACAUUGAGCCGAUAAGACCAGUGGGAGAUAAUGAUGAAACGUAAGCAAGCCGCAAGCCGUCAACUUGUCUGUC